UUUAAUGAGGAGGACAUAUCCGACUCAAAACUUGAAAACAAAAAGAUACAACAGCUCCAGAAACAACUUCUUUACAUGGAGGCUUACUCAAGGAGGGAAAAUAAAAAAUUGGUGGGGCUAAUAGAAGAGCAAGUUGACAACAUGAAUGGUGGUGACGAAGAUCACAAUAGCGCGCAAGCACAAAUAGAAGAUACCAGAGGGAUUAUCUAUAAAUUUCUCGAACAUCAACCAAAGAUUCCAAAUGCGCGAGAAAGAAUUGAAUUCCAAAGACUUCACCGCUUAGGAAAACCGAAAAACGGAAGCUCGCGUCCGAUCAUUGCACAAUUUUUACGUUAUGGGGAUAAGGAACUAGUGAUGGACACGGAACUCCAUGUCUACGAUGACAUCCCAAAA